AUGGUGGCACUGGAAGAUACUAGAAGGGAUUUUGUGACAGGGGUUCUGAAUGGAUUGAUGGAAAAUGAGGCUUCUCUUGCUGUUUUACCUGACCUUCUUAUGGAACUUGACAGUAUGAAUGAGGAAGAUAGAUUGCUUGCUCUUAUAGAAGGUGUUCUUGCUGCAAAUAUCUUUGAUUGGGGAUCUCGUGCAUGUGUUGACCUUUAUCACAAGGGAACAAUUAUUGAAAUAUAUAGGAUGAGCCGCAAAAAGAUGCAACGUCCAUGGCGGGUGGAUGACUUCGAUAUUUUCAAGAAAAGAAUGCUUGGUUCUGGGGAUGAGAAACCCAAUCCAUACAAAAGAGCAUUGCUCUUUGUUGAUAACUCUGGUGCUGAUAUUGUUCUCGGGAUGCUUCCAUUAGCACGAGAACUUCUCCGACGUGGGACUGAGGUUGUUCUGGUUGCAAAUUCCUUGCCCGCUUUAAAUGAUAUUACUGCGAAUGAACUUCCUGAGAUUGUGGCUGAAGCUGCAAAGCAUUGUGAUACCAUUAGAAGAGCUGCAGAAGCUGGAGGGUUGCUAGUGGAUGCGAUGGUAAGCAUACAAGAAAAAGGAUUGAAGAACCAAUCUCCUUCAGUUUCACUAAUGAUUGCUGAGAAUGGAUGUGGAAGCCCUUGCAUUGACUUACGACAAGUCAGCUCAGAGCUUGCAGCUGAUGCAAAAGAUGCAGACUUGGUAAUUCUAGAAGGCAUGGGCCGAGCAAUCCAUACUAAUUUGAAUGCUCGUUUCAAAUGUGAUGCACUGAAGCUUGCAAUGGUGAAGAAUCAGAGACUGGCUGAAAAGGUUUUUAAUGGGAAUAUAUAUGACUGCAUUUGUCGAUUUGAGCCUAGAAAUGAAUCUGUUGCAUCUACUGAAACUGAUUCUUGGGAUAACUAACAACUGGUGAAUUACAGAAAGGUAAACCGAACUUUUUCUGAAAUUGGAGGCUAAAUGAUCUUCACAGAAAGAGUUUCUACUAUUUAUCAAAAUCCGAAGUUGCUCAACUCCUCUGGCUGCUAACCACUUCAUGAAAAUUGCACGUAAGAGUGUUAUGUUGGCUGUCAAUCUAGUGUAAGGUGAUGAUUGUGGUAUUUCAACAAGUGAUUAUUCUUGAGAUGGAUAUUUUUCAACUAUCUUUGGAAUUGACAGAAUAUGAGCUAUCGUUGUAUAUACAUAUGGAUUGAUAAAUGGUAUAAAAUGGAGCUUUAUUUA